AGAAACCAGGCAUGCUGAAACUCAAGGUAAGGUGUUUUAUUAACUUUAGCCGAGGACCAGGCUCUGCAGUUGGGCAAAAGGCAAAAAAAACAGUGUGAAACAGCAAAAAAGAUCGGUGGGCGAAUACAGCCAAGCCAAGCGGUGUACUGGGGAGGUUUGCCUCGCUUGCCUUUUUUUUUCCGCCUUUAAUUUGUCGAUUUUUUUCCCGCCUUUUUCACCCACCGAGGAGCCUGGUCCCAGGCUAUAUUAACUUCUGUUUAGCAACUGAAAUUUUUACAAUUAGGCAAUAUGUCAGAGACCUUUAGAUUCAUAGAUGACGUCGAAGACUACGAGCACGAGAUUUGACUUAAAGUUUUUUUCGCAUAUUGUCAAAAAUAUGCAUCCCGGAAAGCUUCAUUGUACUCGUUAUCACAAAAGAGUUCGCACGGCUGUUCUUAUUGAAGAAGUUUAAAGGGGUUAUGUCAAGAGGAUAGCGUUAAAAUUUUAAAAAGUUGGCCAAACUCUGUUAAGUUCAAUCCAAGUCCAUCUUUGUCAUCCAUUGCAACAGGCGACAGGAGACAGUUUCAAUGCCUAAAUAUAGUCUUGAGUAACUAAACUGGAGCAUUACUUUUGGAAUUCAAUUGACGUGAAGAUUAGUUUUACAUCCCGUGACAUAUCCCCUUUAAAUGCUUCCCCGAUUGAAAAAUUAUAAAACUUCAAACAUCUGAAAACUUGUUUCCGUCACUACGACAUUUGCUGAAACCCGUGGUAGAAUGGCGACGGCUAGCACGUUCUCCCGCCAAAAUCACGUUGCGGUUCACGUUCGCGUACUACUUAAGGCUGAUUUUCAUUAGCGACAGAGUCAAUGAUUGAGUCGUAAUCAGAAGCGUAGUGAAAACAGCGUUCUGAUUCCGCUUACGACUCUGUCGUUGACGAUAAAGUAAACACUAGAUCGUCGGAGUCGCAAGCAGAAGCACGAAAAGUAAACAAAUCACAAAGCGACUCCGACUCCGCGACUCCGUCGCGCUUCACGUGCAAGAGAACGCACCUUGCAUUAAGGGUCUUUGAGACUCAAUUCAAGCAGAAGAGAAGAGGAAAUAAUUAUCCGUGUUAACGUUACAAUCCUUGACAUUCGCUGGCAUAAAUUCAAUUAUUAAUUAAAAUCCAGCCUGCCAAGGAUUAGCACUUUCUUUGAGGUGGAUAAAAUUAGAAGAACACGUUGCAUGGUGUUAUCACUGACUUGAGAGGCAAAGGAUUGCUGGUCUUCAAUGUUUUCUUACCUUUGCAUAUAAUUAAGAUUUAAAAACAAACAAAUAAGCAAAACAAGAAAAACAAAAGAAAAAAAAUAUAAAGCGAGACAUUUAUUAAUACUUUAUGUUACACAAUGAAACUGCCCAUAAUAUUAAAACACUCCCUUGUUUUUGUUUAUACAGCUAAAUCAACGAGAUUUUCCAUUGGACACUACCGAUGAUGAUGACAUGGCGACCAAUCGUUAUGCUUACUUGAUUGCCAAAACCAACGAUAGUGAUGUUUUCAUUGACAAGGAGGUGAAAGUUCUUGUCAGUUUCCUGGAUGGUGUUGUUCUUGUGCAGACGGAUAAACCAAUUUACACUCCACAGCAGAGUGGAAGUUUGGAGUAUACGAAAGGUAGUUGUAAAUUGAAUAUCUAGAUCUUAAUGUAUCUCUUAAAUAACAUGACGACCAUUCAAGAAAAACAUUUAUGGCAAAAACCCUUUUUACUGGUUUACUUGAUUUCUUAAGUGUCGCUGCAUUUCAACGGGUUCUUUUACUUCUCACAUUGUACAGAAAUAGACAUAGACAUGGUCAAACAGAGUCGAUAAAAUUCCUUGUUAUGUUCUGUUUAAGGAGGCAACCUAAAUGUUAUUUUCCUUUAUUUGGAACUCAUUAUUAUACACCAUCCCAAAAACAAACAAAAAUAGUUAAUCCAUGAAAGUCUUUAUCUCUUACCUUGUUUUUAUUCUUGGUAACUUUUACUUUCAGUCAAAAUUAGGAUUCUGCCGCUUGGAUUUGAUCUCAAACCGGCCAAGCAGAAAAAAGUAAGGUUCCCAUGGUAAUAAAUCACGUAGUUGUUAGUAUAGUUGUCCAAAACUAUUUCUUCUUAAACGCUUAUUAUUAGUAAUCCGUAUUAGUGUUGUAUUUCGUUUUACAAAUCUCUGACCGAGAAGAAAAUCAUAACCUCUACCACCAUGUUAGAGUUAAACCUCUUGGUUUUCUUUUAUACCAGUUUUGGCAGAAAAAGGGAAAGGACUUUUUUUCCUGUCACUUGUGACGUUAUAUCGCGUGACUAUAGCAACCGACUGUCAUGUAAGUUUGCCAAAAUGUACCCGAGGGAUAGUGAACAAUUACUGAAGGGAAAAGACUCUUAGCUCGGAAGUGAUCAGGAAAAAUAUGGCAAAGAAAAAAACAAAGAAAAAAGCAACAAACAAACAAACAACAACUACAACAACAACAGCAAAAAGAACAAAAACGGGUUUGACUUUCGUCUCUCCUUUUUUUUUUA